AUGGCCCUUAUUGGGAUAAUUGUAGGACUUCUCAUAGCAAUAAUUGCUGCACUUUUCUUCAUAUUCCACUUGAAAAAGAAAUCACCACCAGCAGAUGGAUCAUUAAAGUUGAAAGACAAAAACAAGGUGAAUGUUGCUUCCAAUACAGACAUAGGAGUGGAACAGAAAUUGCCAGAGAAGAGUGGGAAUACGAGGAAAGCCGAAUAUGGGAAGUUGUCAUUCUUGAGAAAGGACAGAGAGAAGUUUGGUAUGGAAGACUUGCUCAGAUCCUCAGCUGAAGUUUUGGGGAGUGCGACAUUUGGAUCUUCAUACAGGGCCAUGAUAAGGGGUGGGAAAUCCAUGGUGGUAAACAGGUACAAGCAUAUGAACAAUGUGGGAAGGGAGGAGUUAGAUGAGCAUAUGAGAAGGCUAGGAAAACUGAGUCAUCCCAACUUGCUGCCUCUUGUGGCAUAUUAUUAUAGGAAAGAUGAGAAGCUAUUGAUUUAA